GAAUCUAAUUAUUCUCCAUCCAGCAGGCACCGAGCUCACAGCCGCCGCAGAGGUUUCACCUCAAACUGGCAGCUGCGACCAGCACAACACUCUGAAUGUUGGUAUAUUGAUACAGCGUUAUAUGUGAAAGGGAAGAUGAAAAGUGUUCGGUUUCUAAUCCUCUUAGCAGCAUUAUGCUGAGCUUUGUUCAAGCCCUGACAUGCGCUGCGCCCUUGUAGCUCUCCAAAACCCGGAGUCAGCAUCUCUGCGCCCGUUACGCACAGCUGGACGGACUGUCCGCAGCCGGAGCUACAGUCCUUCCACAGGUUGAAGCUGCCCGCUGUAUAAGAUGAAACGCACUCUGUGUACGGGUGUGAGUCUCCUCCCCGCCAGCGGAGUCUUCUCGCCACAUAUCGGAGCUGUACUUAUCAAGGAAUAGCCAUGCAUCUGGCAUAACUUCCCGUUUGGAGUCAAGAGCGCGAUGGCAAUGCACAAGCACUUGCCUCACAGGAGGAGACUCAAGAGCAGUCGCGUCCUCUUCCUCGUCUCAGGUGUGCUGCUGUGUUUGGUCUACACGCUGACUCUAAAGGCCAGGCUGUCAGAGCCACGAGCCUCCCCCCAGACGUAUGACGCUCUCGGAGCAGAGGCGGGUGAUGUAAAGGUCCACAUUCGGGAGGUGAUAGCAUCCAAUGAGACGGAGGAGGAGGUUGUCUCACCUGAGAGCACCACACCUCCACUGGUGAUGAUCGUCAACAGGACAGACAUUGAACAGUGUAUCUAUGUAGAUCCUCAGCCCCCCAAACCUCCUCCACCGCCACCAACAACCGCUGCUCCCCCUCAGAGGAAGGGCGAUUACCCAGAGGACAUCUUCUCAGUGGAGCAGCGGCAGCAGGGAUGGGUGGCCCUGCACGUCCUCGGCAUGAUCUACAUGUUUGUGGCACUGGCCAUUGUCUGCGAUGAGUUCUUUGUUCCCGGGCUUGAGGUCAUCACCACCAAGCUCCAGAUCUCGGACGACGUGGCCGGGGCCACCUUCAUGGCGGCCGGAGGCUCCGCCCCGGAGCUUUUCACCUCCUUGAUCGGAGUCUUCAUCUCCCACAGCAACGUGGGCAUUGGCACCAUCGUGGGCUCGGCCGUCUUUAACAUCCUGUUUGUGAUCGGCAUGUGCGCCGUCUUCUCCCGGGAAAUGCUGCACCUGACCUGGUGGCCGCUCUUCAGAGACGUCACCUUCUACAUCCUGGACCUGAUGAUGCUGAUCGUCUUCUUCCUGGACAACAUGAUCCUGUGGUGGGAGAGCAUGAUGCUGGUGCUGGCCUACGUCAGCUACGUCAGCUUCAUGAAGUUCAACAGUCAGAUUGAGCAUGUGGUCAAGAGCCAGAUUAACAAGCACAUGAGUAUCGUCAAGGUGUGGACUGCAGAGGAGCCGGAAAAGGAUAGUGAACCUCCACCAGCACCACCUCCUGCUGCUCCCUCUGCUCCUGCUGCUCCUCUUCCUCCUCCUCCUGCACCAAAAGCUAAAGAUAAAUCCAAAGGAGAACCUGAACCGCCUCAGAGCUUACUUCAGGCCAUCAAACCGUCAUCCGAGCCACAAGAGGACAGAACAAGACUCAAAGUGCGUCCCAUGCUGCAGCGAGGCGGCAGCUCGGCGUCCCUCCACAACACCUCGCUGAGGAGCACCAUCUUCCAGCUGAUGAUCCACACGCUGGACCCUCUGGGAGAAGAGGCAGCCCUUAGAGGGGCCAUGAAAACCCCCGGCCCGAGGAAAGGCAGAAGAGAGACAUCCUUUAAUGGUGAUGUCAGAGGGGAAGGGUCAGUACAGAGGAAAGCAAAGAACAAAGUAAAGCCUCUGAACUUCCCAGUCACGGGCAAAUUACAGAGCAAGUCAUAUCACCGCCCCUCUGAAGAUGGUGAUUCCGAGCCAGCUGAGGCCAGUGUUGCCGGGGCGCCAGCGGCCGCUGGAGCCGAGCCGUCCACCUCCCAGCCGCAGAAGACAGCAGAGACGAGCGAGAAGACGGCCGACCAGCCAGACGAGUCAAAGGCGGCAGCGGGGGGUUCAGAGGGCUCAGAGUCCAGCGAUGAAGACGAGAGCAGCGGUGAGGAAAGCCUAGACUCCGGUGAGAGUGAAGGUGAUGACGAUGAAAGCCAGGAGGAAGAGGAAAAGGAGGAAGAAGAGGAGAGUGAACCAUUGUCUUUAGAGUGGCCUGAAACCAGACGCAAGCAGGCCACUUAUCUGCUCCUGCUGCCCAUCGUGUUCCCGCUGUGGCUCACGCUGCCGGAUGUCCGCAACAAGGCGUCCCGACGGUAUUUUGUCAUCUCCUUUAUCGGCUCCAUCCUGUGGAUCGGAGUGUUCUCCUACCUGAUGGUGUGGUGGGCUCAUCAGGUGGGUGAGACUAUUGGCAUCUCAGAGGAAAUCAUGGGCCUGACCAUCCUGGCGGCCGGGACGUCCAUCCCUGACCUGAUUACCAGCGUGAUCGUGGCCCGCAAAGGUCUGGGGGACAUGGCCGUGUCCAGCUCGGUGGGCAGCAACAUCUUCGACAUCACUAUAGGCCUGCCGGUCCCGUGGCUCAUAUACACGUCGUUACACAACGGCGAGCCGGUUACGGUCAGCUCCAACGGCCUGUUCUGCGCCAUUGUGCUGCUCUUCCUCAUGCUCCUCUUCGUCAUCAUCUCCAUCGCCGUCUGCCGCUGGAAGAUGAGCCGAAUGUUGGGCUUCACCAUGUUCGUACUGUACUUUGUGUUCCUCGUGCUCAGCGUCCUGCUGGAGGAUCGCGUCCUCACCUGCCCCGUUUCCAUCUGAGCCGACGGGCCUCGCAGCACGCGGACGCUCAGACGGGAUCCGUCCUGUCUGCAGGAUGCGUUAGGUAGAAAAACCAAGCCUGGUGUCCAAAGGCUGAACUGGAGCACACUAGGGGUGUCCCCGACUAAGAGUUUUCAUAGAUCAGAAUUGUUAGGUCUUGGAUAUCGUCGAUCAUUUUCGCCGUUUCAGCUCAACCAGAAAAGAAGUAGUAGCAAAUAUCUCACUAUCACGAUCCACAUUCAUAUUUAGACGCAACAGAUGAUAUCCAGCUA